AUGUCUUCAUCCAAGAGUAUUCCUGCAAACAAUUCUACUGCAAUUCGACAAAAAACAUCAGCUUUAUUAAGAAAACUUGAAGGGAAGGUCUGCAAGUUGCUGGUUACAAUUGUAUUAUUCCUCUUAAUAAUCUAUACAUUCUUGUCCAGUCAUCCCUACAGCAAAUCUUCCAAGCAUUCAGUCAAUAUUCAUAACAAGAUCCAACAUUCCUAUGAACACACAAGUUCUUCUCCAACAAACAUUGGCCACAUUGUGUUUGGAAUAGCUGGCACCUCUAAAGGAUGGACUAUCAGAAAGCACUAUGUUAAGUCCUGGUGGCAACCUAGCAUAACCCGGGGUUUUCUCUUCUUUGAUGAAGCUCCAAUAGAGCACCUUCCCUGGCCUCCGGUUUCUAUUCGUGUCAGAUUAUACCAAAACACAUCCACAUACAAAGACUACGACAAACAUGCAUUGCCCUUUGCUAUCAAAAUGGUGCUGAUGAUUGCAGACAUGUUCAAGGCCGAGAAUAAUGAAAAUGUGAGGUGGUAUUUUAUGGCAGAUGAUGAUACUGUUCUUUUUACAAGUAAUUUAGUGGAUGUUUUAUCAAGAUACGAUCAUAGAAAAUACUACUACAUCGGUACAAAUUCAGAAAGUAUUCUGGCAAAUGUUGACAACUCAUUUGAAGCGGCUUUUGGAGGAGCUGGUUUUGCAUUGAGUUAUCCUCUGGCAAAGGCGUUAUCAAAACACGUGGAUGGUUGUGUGAAGAGAUAUCCGACUCUACUAGGCCGUGACCAUAUUCUACAAUCUUGCGUAGCAGAUUUAGGAGUAUCUUUAACUCAAGAGAAGGGCUUACAUCAGAUAGAUCUCCAACAUGACAUAUCAGGCCUUUUAUCAGCUCAUCCUCAAACUCCUCUGCUCUCCCUCCACCAUUUAGAGUUAGUAGAGCCAAUCUUUCCUUCCAUGAGCCGCUAUGAUUCUGUGAACCAUCUAAUGAAAGUGGCAAAGAUCGAUCAACCAAGACUAUUGCAACAAAGUGUAUGUUACCUCAAGGAAAACAACUGGACCUUCUCCAUAUCAUGGGGGUACUCCUCCCAAAUUUAUGAAAAGAUAAUUACACCAAGCGUUUUACAAAGACCGCUUCAGACGUUUUCCCACAGGGUCUGGAAGGGUCCCAAAGUGCCGUUCAUGUUCAACACUAGAGGGGUACCAGGAGAUCCUUGUGAAGCUCCUCAUGUUUUCUUCUUAGACUCUGUGGAGAAAAGUGACUGGGAUAAUGUGGUUGUUACAAGCUAUAUUCGGAAGUCACCUCGUUUAUUACAGCCCUGUUCAUCUAAUAAUCAUUCUGCUGAUAGCGUCUCUAAAAUUCGUGUCCUCUCACCUAUGAACAAAUUUGAAGUGAUUGGGAGCCGGAGAGAGUGUUGUGAUGUAAUAGAAAUGCGCGAGGCUAAUGCAACGACAGUGAAGCUUAGAACUUGUAUGAAAGAUGAAAUAAUGGGUUAG